CGGGCUUAAAAAAUGAUAAUAGAAUUGGUAAUUUUUUUGCGUUGUGUUGGCCACCCACCGCAUUGGAGGUUAUGUCAAUUUUCAAAAAAACGUUUUUGAAUUUAUUUUAAUUUAAGCUUAACUAUUGUAUUUUAAGAGUUAUUAGAGUAGCGAAAAUGUCAAUGAACCAGUACAUGCACCCCCGUAACAUCUACAAGCAGCCCCCCAACUUCAAACAACUGGCGUUAGAUUACCCCGAGUUUCGCAAAUACGCCACUCAGGACGUCUCCGGUAAAGUCACAAUUGAUUUCAAGAACGUGGGGGCCCUUCGGGCCCUCACGUGCACCCUCCUGAAGAAAGACUUCGAUUUAAAUAUUGAAAUACCCCCCGGGAAACUAAUCCCCACAAUCCCACUCCGCCUGAACUACAUUCUAUGGCUCGAAGACCUCCUAAACCUAGCCGGGGGGCCCCCCCAAGCCCGCGGCAUCGACAUCGGGACGGGCGCCUCCUGCAUCUACCCCCUUCUGGCCGCCAGGAAGUCGCAAUGGUCAAUGGUCGCCACCGAAAUCGACCCCGAAAGCCUCAAAUGCGCCACCGCCAACGUGGCUAACAACCACCUCGAGGGCUUAGUCACCGUCAUGGGGGCCCAGAAAGACAGUUUGUUGGCCCAAGUCCUGGAGAAAUUUCCCGGAGACUUUGAUUUUUGCAUGUGCAACCCCCCGUUUUUUUCCACGCCGCUGGAACUGCACCCCUUUUUCAAGGCGCGCAAGGUGAAGCGGCCCCACCCUAAGAACGCGUUCUGCGCCUCCGUGGACGAAGUGGUGGCUACGGGGGGCGAAGUCUCGUACAUUUCGCGCUUGGUUGAGGAGAGCAAAGCGUGGGGGCCCCGAGUGGCGAUUUACACGUCGAUGGUGGGGCACAAGUCGUCGCUGCCGCCGUUGAAGAAGUUGAUUAGGGAGGUGGGGGCUGUUAGCUUCAAGCAGACGGAGUUUUGUCAAGGGCAUACGACGAGAUGGGGGCUAGCGUGGACUUUCCGUGAUGUUGAUUUGACCAAAAUUCCAGAUUCGUUGAUCAGCGCUAAGCAAAAAAUGGCAAAGCCGCUCUUGUACCAAAUCCCCAAGGGGGAGGAUUCCAAGUAUAAAGUCAGUGUUGUUUGUGAGAGACUUGUUGGGGUUUUUAAGGAGCUGCAGUUUGAUUUCCAGGAGAUUAAGCGUGUUAGGGGUUUGGUGGAGUUUGUGGUGGUGGCGUUUGCGGACACGUGGUCGCAUCAGAGGAGGAAAAGGCGCGAGAAGUUGCGAUUUAGCGACGGGGGGAGAAAAUGUGAUAAUAAUAAUUUAGACAGUCCUGAGAGGGGUGAUGUUUGUGAAAAGUUGGCUGAGUUGGGGGUUGGGGGCUCACCGUCGAGCAAACGAGCGCUGGAGGAGGAUUGUGGGUUUUAUAAUGCGAAGAAACGGAAGACUGAGUCGGAUGAUUGUAACUCGGAGAAGAUUUAUCUCAAGGCGAAAAUUAGUGUUGCCAGAGUUGGGGAUUGUAUCGGGUUGGAGUUGGUUUUCUUUGAAGGGAAGGGCACGAAAGAAGCUCUACAUCAAGUUCUGCAAUUUAUUAAAAAUAAUUUGAUGAAGGAUUAAGUUUAUUUUCACCAUUGUAUCUAGAAUAAUUAUUUAUUUUAGUUUUAUAAGAGAAUUUAUUUUUGUUAUCGUAAGGGUAAUAAAUGAUUGAAACAGCAA